UGACGAUGACGAUCGGUGAAUUUUUGGUGCAUGUUUCCGUACCUUGUCAAUAAUUUUGGAGCUUUGAAGAGCAUGUACAUGUUCAGCUCUUGCUGUCUUUAACUUCAACAACUUUGAUCAAUCGCUUUAUAUUAUACAUUGUCACAUCUUGAAAGAUGGCAGUCACUUUGAAGGUCACAAAUCGCUGUAAGUUAAUCCAAUGUGCCAUUGAAUAUCUCUUGAUGCUAACCUCAACAAGCCCCCAGAAAUCCCAUCAAACGUCUUCCUACCUCUAUCGAUAUCGACGAAACAACUACAGUUCAAGAUGUUAAAGAAAAACUAGCCAAACAAGUCGGCGGUUGGGACCCGAAUCGAUUCGGUAUCUUCGAUCCAGAGCAAAAGAAGAUCUUAAAAGACAGGAAAGCCUUUAUUUCUCAACAUAAAGAAGUCAUUAUUGGAAAAGAAAUCUUGAUCAAGGACUUAGGUACAAUCACAACCUGCCCUGCAAGUAGUACACAACAUACUUAUAUUGUAAUCUAUUACAGGUCGUCAACUAGGCUGGCGCACUGUAUAUAUAAUCGAAUACCUCGGUCCAAUACUAAUCCAUCUUGGAUUCCCGCUCCUUCGCCCUUAUAUAUACUCCCAACCUGUCGGGCCCCUCUCCAAUUCUCAGCUUCUCUCUAUGACCCUCAUAAUUCUUCACUUCCUCAAACGCGAAUAUGAAACAAUUUUCAUCCACCGUUUCUCUCUUUCUACAAUGCCAGCCAGCAACAUCCUCAAAAACUGCGCCCACUACUGGCUUCUUAGCGGUAUCUACAUCGCCUACUUCAUAUAUGCCCCUUCAUCUUACACCGCAUUGUCAUCCCCGAAAGUGGACCUUUUAAACAUGGCUGGACUGGCUCUUUACCUGUUUGGAGAGCUUUCAAACCUCAAAACCCAUCUCACUCUCUCGAACCUUCGCUCGCCAGGGGGAACCGAGCGCGGAAUUCCCCAAGGUUAUGGUUUCUCUAUGGUAACGUGCCCCAAUUACUUCUUCGAGAUGCUCGCAUGGAUUGGUAUGAUACUCGUGACAAAGAGUUUGAGUACGGUCAUCUUCACUAUUAUCGGAACCGCACAAAUGCAGCAGUGGGCUGUUAAGAAGGAAAAGCAAUAUCGUAGUGAUUUCGGUGAUAAGUAUAGGAAAAAGAGAAAUGCUCUGUUUCCUACUCCAGGAGCCUUCGUUAAGGAACUUACUGGUUAAAUACACGAGUGAAUGAGGAAGUAAGUUUAUUAGGGAGAUGAGGUUGUGUUUGCGAGGUUCUGCACCAAGGUCCCAAACGAAUUUUCGGCAUCAGCUCCGUAAGAUUAAGGAUGAGAAAUGAUUGAGUGGGAACAUCAAAAGUAUAUAAUAGCGCACACUGCUUUGCGUUGCUUUGCUUCAUUAAUGCCAAUAAAUGUUAUGAAUUCUCUACCAAGUCCUUGUCUCAACUUCGAGUCAUGUUUAUCGGUAUUUGUU